UUUGCGACGAAAACUUCACUGGCGAGAGCGAUAGAGAAGAAAAUGAUCGCAGACGCCUGACGAAAGAGACGAUCUCUAACUUUACCGGAGCCUUCUGAGUGUCUGCUUCGUCCCAUCGGUGUGAACAACUUCUCCUGCAGUUGGGAAGAAGUUUGCGGAAGUUUUCUUUGUGUCGGGGGUAGGCUGAUAAGGAGACGGGAAUUCACCAUGGACUGGGGAACGGACCUUUGGGACCAGUAUGAUGUCAUUGACAAGCACACGCAGUCUGGGCUGGACCUGGUGGAGAAGUAUGUGAAGUUUGUGAAGGAGCGGACCGAGAUCGAGCAGAACUACGGCAAACAGCUGAGAAACCUGACGAAGAAGUACUCUCCCAAACGAGGUAGCAAGGAGGAGCAGGAGUGCAGGUUUUCCAGCCAGCAGGCCUUCCUGGAUGUUCUGAAUGAGGUGAAUGACUACGCAGGUCAGAGGGAGGUCAUCGCUGAGAACAUGAUCAUGACCAUCUGCCUGGAACUCACAAAGUACCUGCAGGAGCUGAAGCAGGAGCGCAAAACGUAUCUUUCCGAGGCCAAGAAAGCUCAGCAGAGCCUAGAGAGCAGCUACAAGCAGCUGGACAAUAGCAAGAAGCGUUUUGAGCGGGAGUGGCGUGAGGCAGAGAAAGCAGCUCAGUAUGCAGAGAAAACCGAUCAGGACAUCAACGCCACCAAAGCUGAUGUAGAAAAGGCCAAGCUGCAGGCGCAUAUGCGCGCUCACAUGGCAGAGGAGUGUAAGAAUGACUACGCUGCACAGCUGCAGAAGUACAACCAGGAGCAGAACCACUUCUACUUCACCGACAUGCCUCAGAUCCUCAACAAGCUGCAGGGGCUAGACGAGCGCCGUGUUCGGAAGCUGGCCGAGGGGUACGUGGCCUUCGCCGAGACGGAGAAGCGCGUCGUGCCUAUCAUCGGGAAGUGCCUGGAGGGCGUCGCCAAGGCGGGCAGCAGCGUCAACGAGAAAAACGACUCCUUGGCUCUCAUUGAACAGCAUAAGUCUGGGUUCGAGCGCCCAGGAGACCUGGAGUUUGAGGACUACAGCCAGGGCAUCAACAGGGCGUCCUCAGACAGCAGCCUGGGGACCCCCAAGGGCCCGCUGGACCUGCUGGGCAAGAACAGGAACAAGCUAUGGCCCUUCAGCAAGAAGAGCAAGCUGCCCCCUCCCCCACUCACUCCCCUCUCUACGCCCCCCGCCCCCUCGCCCGCUAACGGACCCCCCUCCCCCAAGUUUGCCCGGGACCCCCUGUCGUACUGUCUGAAGGAGAUCAAUAAGACAGUCAAACCCCGAAUCUCCUCCUUCAGGACCCUCAAGAGAACGCCCCCGGUCACCGAGGACUUCGCCCACCUUCCCCCUGAGCAGCGCAGGAAGCGGCUGCAGCAGAAGAUUGAUGACAUCAGCAAGGAGCUGCAGAAGGAGGUGGACCAAAGUGAGGCCUUGGUGAAGAUGAAGGAUGUGUAUGAGAAGAAUCCACAGAUGGGGGACCCCAGCAGUUUGGAGCCCCAGAUCUCCCAGACGGCCCACAACAUGGAGCGACUGCGUGCGGAGCUGCAGAAGUACGAGGCCUGGCUGACAGAGGCAGGGGGCCGAGGCGACACCAUCCACUACUCUCCCCACUCAUUCAACAACAACGGCGAGCCUGACAAGUACAGUCCCGAUGGUGCUCACUCUGAUGAAGGCAAUCCGGACCCGUCCCAGGCCAUAUACGCCGAAUUUGAUGAUGAUUUUGAGGAAGAGGAGGUUGUCAGCCCGAUCGGGGAAUGCACAGCUCUGUACAACUUCCAAGGAGCGAGCGAGGGGACGAUUCCAAUGCAGGAGGGUGAGGUUUUCGCGGUGGUGGAGGAGGAUAAGGGUGAUGGCUGGACCCGCGUGCGUCGCGCCAACGGCGAUGAGGGCUACAUCCCCACCUCCUACGUCAAGAUCAACCUGCGCAAGUGACAGCGCCCCCUGUGGGACAGGACUCGAACAGGGAACGAGGGGGUGGCAGAUGAGUGCUGAACUGACUGAAAAACACUGAUUUUCACCACUGGUUUGUUGAGUCCUGGACGCUGCUCCUCCACUGAAACAGAGAGACAGAAUCUUCCAGAAUUGCAAGAUGUGGGCAGGGCCAGAGCAGAGGCUGGGAGCGCGGGAUUGGCUGGAUCACAGCGUAGCUCAGUGAGGUCACACAGGGCAGGGGUGGGACAGGUCAGCUGCUCUCUUCCUGCAGCAUCAUUUCAGUCCACAUAGCAGCUCAAAGCACAGCUUUAUUUAGUCCUGAUAGCCAAGCAAGGCGGCACCGUGAGAAAGCAGUGCCGUUUCCUUAUGCCUAUGUUUAAUGGGAUGAACAGAGAGGGUGUGCACAGAGGAGGCCUUGGACACACUCACCAUGCACUGCCUGCAGCGUAACGGGGAGAGGGUGGGGAGGGGGCCGGGUAAGGAUGCUGCUAGUCCCUCUCUGAGAGGGGAGCAGCAGUUUGAAUAAGUGCAGAGACAUCGGUGCCCCCCGCUCGGGCACCAUGGCCCCUCCCCAGGGAAACGGCCAAUGAAACGAAGCGGACGGAAGGUUUUUCUGUGGAAAGUGCAUGUCUGGGAGCCCAUGCAUGUGCUGAGUAACUGUGGAUAGAGACGCUAACGCACUGUGCGUUUGGCUACACAGCGCAUACUGUACACACCACUGAUGAAUUCACCUUAAGAUAUAAAGGACAAAAAUGUGCAAAUUUAAGGACUAUCAUAUUUAUAAAAGAAUAAUAUAUUUUAGCUUUCAUAGUACCACUAUAAUCUUUAUAGCUUUUGACUCUAUGAAUAAAGUUUGUAAAGUUAGGAACAAAUGUUAAUUGUAUGUUCACAGAACUGUCCUCCGUUUUGCAUUGUUUUCUAUCGACUGUCUUUCCAUACAAAUGUCUGCACCUUUGCCGUUAUUUUAAUGGAUUUAAAUUUCUAUAUAAAC